ACCUGUGUGAAGCCAACUUCAACAAGACUCUCCUCCAACGGACAGGCGCGAGGCUCCAUCUGUUGCUGUAGCAAGUUGGAAUAAAAUUAGCCGUAAUUAAGAUCAGUUUCGACAUAAAAAGAUGCAUAUCAGUAGUCGGGUGCACAAGUCAUCUUUUCAAGGGAUGAAUUCUGGAUCAGGAAGUCAUCGAUUCAGUCAAAGUUUAGGAUCUAAAUGGAAAGGCUCGACCUUGGUCCGUGACAGCAAUCGUAAGAGAAGCGACCAGGCUUCAAGAAGACCUCGGAUAGUAGAUGAAGACGGUCACGAUGUCACUCCUCUGUGCCUGACUCAGCCUGAGGCUGGAGAGAUUGAAGCCAAACCAGGCAGAUGGUUUCUGCGUGAAUCCUUUACCGCCACAGAAUCAGAGACCUUAAAAUCCACUUCAAGCUUCACCUCACUUUCUUCCAGCUCCUUUAUUGGUAGCAGUUUCCCAUCCAGCCUCUCUUACCAAGAAUCACAUUAUGUGGAAACAGAAGAAAGUCCUCAUGAGCAGGACGUAAACAUCAACCUUCCAUGUAGUUACGUGGUUCAGAAGAAGAUAGAUCAUGUGAAAGAAGAUGUAACAGAAGAGAUGUCGGAUGAAGAAGUCAGCUUUUUUCUUUCUGAGACUGAUACCAUUUCACUACUGGACAUACCCAGCGCCUUUAUCCCAGAAGAUACUGACGAAGCAAUUAAAGAGAGAAACAUCCAAUAUGCUGAGCUUUGCCACAACAGAAUGUACAACAACAUGAAUGUAGAGCGAUUUGUGCAGAGAGGAGGGGAAGCAUCAAAGAACAAGCAGAUCCAGAGCAACAAGAUCAUCAUGGUCGACAGGGGCACAGUUGCCACUGUCUGGGAUAUCUAUGACUCUUUCUGCCAAAAGGAAACCCCUGAAGCUGAUGAAGAUCAAUAUUUAGAGUUCACUGUGAGCGCCGGGAACGGUCGAGAGAGAAGAAGCGCCAACAGCAGCAGCAGCGACAGUAUCAUCAGCUCACAGUCAGAAACUGAAAUGCACAGUUUAAAUGCUGAGCCGGACCCAGAGGAGAUUUUGCUGUCAGAGUCAUUCAGAAGCAGCUUAUUAAUAAUGGAAAGGAAUAUUGUGGCAAAUUUAUUUCAACCCAAGCUGGCUGCUUACAGAGACCUCCCCGUACUCAAAGACCCCGAUGAGAUGAUGAAGCCUGGGUUUGAGCAACAGAGUGAAGAGGAGGAGAGUUGUUUGACUCCAACUCUGGAGCAUCUCUGGGCUUUUAGUUGUGAGCUCACCACAGGAUGCAGCAUCACCAGCAUGGCCUGGAACAAGAAGAACCUGGAUCUACUAGCAGUAGGAUAUAAUGACUGUGAGUCCAGGAGACAGAAACCAGGUUUGAUUUGCUGCUGGUCCCUCAAAAACCUUACGUGGCCGGAGCGUGUGUUCUACUGCCACGAAAGUGUGACAACCCUGGAUUUCUCAGGGAACAAACCUUGCCAGUUGGCUGUGGGGAUGCACAGUGGAGCUGUAGCUAUCUACAACGUCCACAUUCAAGACAGCAGCGCGUGUGUCGCCACCAGCAGCGAGUGUCUCAGGAAGCACGUGGCUCCAGUGUGGCAGGUCAUCUGGACCAAACAAGAGCUGAGAUUAUCAGCAGAGGACAGAGAAGAAUAUCUUGUGUCUGUGUCAGCAGAUGGCAGGAUUGUCAAAUGGUUCCUCUGCAACAAUGGUCUUGACUGCAUAGAUCUGAUGCUACUAACCAAGCCUCAGGAUAGUAAGAAGGCCGCAGCAAGGAGCAAGAAGAAGAAACACAAUGUUUUGUCAACAGUGGCUCCUGCUCUUUGUGCGGAUUUCCAUCAAACAGACACUGGUAUCUAUCUGGCUGGCACACAUGAGGGACUCAUCCACAAGUGCUCCAUUUACAACCGUGAUCAUUUUCUGGACACUUACACAAAACACCGUCGUUCUGUGAAUCUCAUUGAAUGGUCGCCCUUUAGUCCUAACGUGUUCCUGAGCUGCUCGUCAGACUGGACCAUCCUGCUGUGGAAACAGGGCCUCGUUACCCCUGUGUUCAGCUUCUCAUGCACCCAGAGCGCCGUAUACUCUGUCAAGUGGUCUCCAAACUGGUCCACGGUGUUUGCAGUCCUUCACAGACAACAGGUGGAGAUCUGGAACCUGAAUUCAAGCGUUGUACUCCCAGCCAUUAAGCACCACGCUGCCCCCGGUGUAAGCCUGACAUCCCUGCUCUUUGCCACGGGGACAGACUGUGUCUUUGUAGGGGACAGUGAAGGGCAAGUGACUGUCUACAAGAUCAAAAACCUCAAUGUUGGAGAAAGCGUGCAGGUGGCCAGUCUGGAUGACGUGAUACAAUCAGAACUUUCCAGGCAUCCUUAGAAUUUAAAAACUACGAAGGCAUCAGUCAGUAGUCCAUAAGUCAGGGAGUUUUUUCUUGGAAAGAUUUUCCUGAGUCUUUCUGUCUCUUUCUAUCACAUCUUUAAUGUGUAUUUAAUGUUUGCCGAGAAAAUAUCGAAGAACAAAAAAAUAAAUAUU